AAAUGGCGGACGACAUGUCAACGAAGUUGUUAGUGAGACAUUUGCCCUCUCAGCUUGGUGUGCACGAGAAAACGGAUUUACUAAAACAUUUCGGAGCUAAAGAAGUAAUAUGUAUGGAAAGGAGAGGAAAACUGAGAGAUGCUGCUUUUGCUGAGUUUUCCACCCAGGCACAAGCUGCUCAGGCUAUUUCUCAGUUACACCAGUCUGAGGUUCUUGGCAGCCGAUUGACAGUAGAGUAUGCUAAACCUCAUCAUGAACACCUUGCAGCUCAACAGUGUAGCAGGGUCUCCCCUUCAAUAGCACUGGAUGAAAACAAAAACGAUGACAAAGAAACAAGAAAAUUGGAGACAGAACAAGCUGGUAGCAAAGUUAAAGUGAAGUCUGGUGACACACAAGGCAUGGCACCAAGUUUAGGAAUUAAGUACAAUUGCAACCCAAGUCUUCACUAUGUCUACCCUCCAGUAAACACUGCAAUUCUCACCAACAUCGCCCACACAUUGGCAUGUGUUCCAAAAUUUUAUGUCCAGGUUUUGCAUCUGAUGAACAAAAUGAAUCUUCCUGCUCCAUUUGGACAAAUUACCCCCACCCCACCCUUUUUAGGUGAAGUACCAGAAGCACCGCAGGUGGCUUCAUCAGAUGACGACAGAUCUAUGUCCAGCGACGAGUCCGAGUUAGAGAGCGAUGAAGAAGAAAGGGAGAAAAGAGCGAAAGAAAGGGCUGAACAUGCCCAAAGAAUGUCUGCUUCCAAACCAGGCAAAAGUGCUCAGAAAAGACCCAAAGUAAACCUUCCAACAUCAAAACCACCAGCCAAGAAAGUCAAGGCAAGUUCUUCAACCAAACAAAUACCUGUAGAGAAAGCAUUUGAACAGCCUUCCGGCCAACCAAAGAGGAUUGAGUUCAAGCUCAUAGAGGCCAUCUCAAAUAUAUUUGAAUCUGCAGCAUAUACUGAGGCUACAGCUGUUGCGCCUCCAGAGGCAGAAGGGUUUGGUAGAUUUGAGCCUCCAGCGGAUCUUGAAGAUGACAAGGAUGAACUUGAAGAAGAAGAAGAGGAAGAGGAGUCUGUUUCUGAGGAAAGUAGCGAAUUUAUCUCAUCCGCCGAACUGCGCAGAAACAGAAUAAGUACCAAAGAAAUGCCGGAGAUUUCUGCUUUCAAGAAUUAUACACCCGGAGAUCCGACAUGCAGGCUUUACAUUAAAAAUCUGGCAAAAACAGUCGAAGAGAAGGAUCUCAAGUACAUUUUUGGUCGAUACAUAGAUAUCAAUCUGGAAGAAGAGAGAGACAGAUUUGACAUCCGGCUGAUGAAAGAAGGUCGCAUGAAGGGCCAAGCUUUUGUUACAUUACCGAGUGAAGAGAAGGCAAAAAAGGCUCUCAGAGAUGCACACGGUUACAUCCUGCAGGGGAAACCCAUGGUUAUCCAAUUCGCACGAUCAGCGAAAGCAAAGGACUGAGGACGUAUUCGCGGCAAGUUCGAGAAGUUAAGCAGUCACAGAACCCAAACGCAACGUAGUAGGAGCUGGACGUAGUGAUAAUCGCCAAAUGUCACAAAAGGAAGUAAGGUUUUGCUGUUACACGAUUCGUCCCUUCAGUACUACGCCGUGCAAAAUAGCGCGUGAUCAACAUAAGUGUAGACUCGGACGAGUUUGGUCUGGUACCAAGAUCCCUCAGGGCCGAGAGGUGGUUCGCACAGGUAUGGUCUUGGCUCUCUAUCAGGAUGACCUGGAGAACGGACUUGAUGAAAGCAAAUGGCGCACCUUGAGAAAUCUUGCACUGGUAUUACGUCUUUGUUUGUUCUCUCAAUUCUACAUCUGCAAGGGCGCGCGGCAUUUAAUUCGUAAAAUUUCAUUUUGGUGACGUAAUGGUGGAGAGAGAGUUAUUUGUUGUUAGUGGUUGGUUGAGGCUUCAACCAAUCAGAGACAAGUAUCGAAAUUCAGCGCGUCAUUAGUGUAAUACAUGACAGGAAGAGCUUGAUGUUCAACUAUUAUUUUUAUUUACUAAUAUAUAUCAAUCAACAAGGGUUUGGAUUUGAAUUUCAUAAAUAAAUAAAACAAAUCCCACAUUCCUGUGGGAUCACUCAUACUGAGCUAUGAUCAUUUUAGAAUACAACUAUCUCUUUACUACAAAGUGUGUAUCUAUCAAUUUCUGCUAGUGUUUUGGCGCGUUGUUUAGUCUGUUCACCAGCUCUCCGCGGCCCUGUAUCUUGUUUCUCUCCAACUAACGAAGUACUCGAAGACUGGCCAGAAUCCAACAAAGUCACGGAGACCUGGGUUUUGAGCUUCUGUGUCGAGGCUUGGUUACUGUGUUGUCUGUUGUUAGUUUCCAGGUCCUGUUUCUGUUUCACGUACUGAGUUGCUUUGCCGAGAAAUAUAAUGCUGUUUAACACUUUCACUGACAUAAGGCUGUCAAU